CAAUAUCCAUCUAUUUUAAAAAAAAACAAUAUUUCAAGAAUUAAAGAUAGACCAAACAAGGCCUUGGCAGAAUCAAUUAAACAGAGGCUCCCCUUUACUUCUCUCACACUGCACUCUCUCUCACUUUCCAUUCAAAGGUGAGUUAAAAUAUUGGGCGCUAAAAUUACACUGUAGACACCUACUCCAGAUUUGAAAAUUGAACCAAACACACAUCUUUCACAAUUCCAAUCCAGUUCUUUUAAUUACUCCAUUAAUUGCACAGAUCUUCUAAUUAAACUAGUAAAGUAGUAUUAACUGAUCAUCACUUACUUUAAUACUCCAUCCCCUGAAAGGCUAAAGUCGUCUCCUGGAUCCAAUCCUUUGUCACACUCUCCCCUCACUGUACCUAUUCUAUUCUGUUUCUCUCUCCUCUCCUCUCCCUCUCUCUCCUCCAAUUCAAAACUUGCAAGAAAAAAAACCAUGGGCUGCGUCUCCUCCACUCUGCUCAACACCGACGACGACUUUACCCACAUCGGCACCGCGUCCCUCGGCCACCACAUUGUCUCCCUCACCUCCACCACCUACGGCCUCCUCUCCCUCGACCCCCAACCCACCUCCCACCACCACCACUUGCCCACCACCCCUCCUCCCCGCCUCACCCUCACCCCCCUCGCCGAACCCCGAUCCCUCCGCCUCGACUCCCCCGAAGUCAUCAACUCAUGGGAACUCAUGGCCGGCCUCGACCCCACCUCCGAAAAUAGCUUCCGCUUCUCUAACCCCCUCCUCCCCCCUUCCAUAGAAAACUCAAACCCUAAUCUGUAUGCUUCGUUGUGCCCAACCAAGGGGGAAAACAGAGUGAAUGCUUCUUGCGUGGCAAAGUACGCGCUAGAUGGGAUUGAAAAGUUGUGCCCACCGGAGGGGGAAAACUCAAACCCUAACUUACCUGCUCGUAGCGUCGAUUUUAGAUCGAGCGUUUUUUACAAGCCGUUGAAUGCUUCUUGCUUGGAGGAGUGCGCGUUGGAUGGGUUUGAAAAGUUGUGCCCGCCAAAGGGGGAAAACAGAGUGAAUGCUACUUGCGCGGCAAAGUACGCGCUGGAUGGGUUUGAAAAGUUGUGCCCGCCAAAGGGGGAAAACAGGGUGGUGAUCUACACGACGACGUUGAGGGGGGUGAGGAAGACUUUCGAGGCGUGCAAUGCGGUUAGGGCGGCUAUUGAAGGGCUCGGUGUGGCGGUGUGUGAGAGGGAUGUUUCGAUGGACAGAGGGUUUAGGGAGGAGCUGAGGGAGCUGAUGAAGGGUAAGGAUAGCGGGGAGUUGGUGCCACCGAGGGUGUUUGUGAGAGGGAGGUAUGUGGGUGGAGCUGAGGAGGUUAUGAGGGUUUCGGAAGAUGGGUGUUUGGGGGAGUUGUUGAAAGGGUUGCCUGAAGUGAAGGUUGGGGGAGUUUGUGAGGGGUGUGGGGGUGCGAGGUUCUUGCCUUGUUUUAGUUGUAAUGGGAGUUGUAAGAUGGUUAUGGAAGUGAAAGAAGAGAAAAAAGAAAAGGAUGGCCGGACGGUUGUGGUGAGGUGCCCUGAUUGUAAUGAAAAUGGGUUGGUGCUCUGCCCCAUCUGCAGCUGAUCCGGCUUGUGGACCGUGUUCGUCUUCUUCUUCUUCGGGUCCGUUCCCAUGUCCUUAUCUAUUGUACUGAGAUAUCUCAAAUUGCUAGUUUGAGCUUAUCUUGAAAUGUAUUCUACCCUUUUUGAUGUAUCCAUGUUGUGAUUUAUGUUCACUUGCUUUGGCCUCAUGUGGUUGUGAUACCAAAUUAAAGCUCAGUUUUUUCUUC